UGCCGGGAAACCCUAUGAACUCUCCAGAAAGGGCGUGACGAAGGGUCCUGUGGGGCGCGGUCCCGAAAGCCCCGGUCCCUUUCGGUGGAGCUCGCGGGCAGCAAAGCAGAGGAGCGCUGGAGGAUGAGCGUGCGGCCUCUGGGAACCUCCACACGGAUGUUUGACACACAGGGGAGAAGUCAUUGCUGUCGUUGGAGACAGAAGCCAAGUGCCCUGCUGUUCCUGCUUGCUUUCUGUGUUACCUGUGCUCCUCUCUCAGUGUGGGGAUGUGGCAAGUGCAGACUUGUCCUGUCCAACCCUUCUGGUACCUUUACUUCUCCGUGUUACCCUAACGACUACCCUAACACCCAGUCUUGCUCAUGGACCCUCCGAGCCCCUACUGGCUACAUCAUUCAGAUAACAUUCAAUGACUUCGACAUUGAAGAAGCUCCCAACUGCAUCUAUGACUCACUAUCCCUUGAUAAUGGAGAGAGCCAGACAAAAUUCUGUGGAGCAACUGCCAAAGGCCUGUCAUUUAACUCAAGCGUGAAUGAGAUGCAUGUGUCUUUUUCAAGUGACUUUAGUAUCCAGAAGAAAGGCUUCAACGCCAGCUACAUCAGAGUUGCUGUGUCCUUGAGGAAUCAAAAGGUCAUUUUGCCCCAGACAUUAGAUGCUUAUCAGGUAUCAGUUGCAAAAAGCAUCUCCAUUCCUGAGCUCAAAGCUUUCACGCUCUGCUUUGAAGCUUCCAAAGUUGGCAAUGAAGACGAUGAUUGGACAGCUUUCUCCUACUCAGAUGAGUCCCUUACACAGUUGCUCAGUCUUGAAAAGGUCAACAAUGGCUACUUUCUGUCCAUUUCUGGCUCAAGAUGUUUGUUGAACAAUGCAUUACCUGUGAAGGAAAAAGAGGACAUCUUCACAGAAAGCUUUGAGCAGCUCUGCCUUGUGUGGAACAAUUCUUGGGGCUCCAUUGGUAUAAAUUACAAGAAGAACUAUGAAACAGUGCCAUGUGAUUCCACCAUCACUACUGUCAUACCCAAGGAUGGGACAUUUCUUUUGGGCUCCUACAGAGAUGAGAUCGCCUCUCUAAAGGGCAGCAUCUAUAACUUUCGACUUUGGAAUUUUACUAUGGAUCCAAAAGCUCUCUCUAACCUCACCUGUAGUGUGCCUGGGAAUGUCAUAGACUGGCACAAUGACUUUUGGAGCAUCUCCACCCAGGCUCUGAAAGCUGAGAGCAACCUGAGCUGUGGUUCCUACCUGAUCCCGCUUCCUGCAGCAGAGCUGACAAACUGUUCAGAUCUGGGGACUCUCUGUCAAGCUACUGUAAACCCUCCUCCUUCUAGUCCACCACCCAUUGUCACCACUAAUAUCCCCGCUACUAACAGAAUCCAUAAACAAAAGAAUGAUGGAAUAAUGUAUCGAAUAUCUGUUGUGAUUCACAACGACUUUAAUCACCCGGAAGUAAAAGUGCAGACCAAAGUAGCAGAAUGGCUCAACUCAACCUUCCAGAAUUGGAACUACACUGUUUAUGUGGUUAAUAUAAGUUUUCACCAAGACAUAGGAGAGGACAGGAUGAAAGUCAAGAGAGACAUCAUGGAUGACAACAAAAGGUUGGUGCUCUGGGCCCUUCUAGUCUACAAUGAUACCAAUAAUAGCAACCUGGAUGGAGUGAUGAUUGAAAAAAGGCUUUUAACAAACAACGCAUCACUAGAGGAUGGCCUGAGGCUGUGCAAAGUCGAUGUGAAGCCACUUGGUAUGUGUAGCACCUUGGAGGAUCCAGAGGGCUUUAGGUGGCCAGCCAUCUUACCCUCUGUCUACAAACAACCAUGUCCAAACAAGCCUGGCUUUUUUGUGACUCGCGCAUGCCUUUCUAAUGUAACAUCAACCUUCUGGGGCCCUGUUGAUGCCUCCAACUGUUCAAGACAAUCAAAUGAAGUGGCCAAUGAAAUUUUAGACUUAACUGGUGAUGGGCAGAACCUAACGUCGGCUAAUAUCAACAGCAUUGUAGAACAGGUCAAACGGAUCGUGAACAAAGAAGAAAACAUUGACAUAUCCCUUGGCUCAACUCUAAUGAAUAUAUUUUCUAAUAUCUUAAGCAGUUCAGAUAGUGAUUUGCUUGAGUCCUCUACUGAAGCUUUAAAAACAAUUGAUGAGCUAGCCUUCAAAAUAGACCUGAAUAGCACCCCACACGUGAAUAUUGAAACACAGAAUUUGGCCCUUGGAGUCUCAUCCCUGAUGCCAGGAACAAAUGCACCUUCCAAUUUUAGCAUUGGCCUUCCAAGCAAUAAUGAAUCGUAUUUCCAGAUGGACUUUGAGAACAGACAGGCAGAUCCAUUGGCGUCUGUAAUUUUGCCUCCAAAUCUGCUUGAGAAUUUAAGUCCUGAGGAUUCUGUAUUGGUCAGAAGAGCACAGUUUACUUUCUUCAACAAAACUGGCCUUUUCCAGGAUGUUGGAUCUCAAAGAAAAAUCCUAGUGAGUUAUGUGAUGGCAUGUAGCAUUGGAAACAUUACUAUCCAGAAUCUGAAAGAUCCAGUUCAAAUCAAAAUCAAACACACCAGAACACAGGAAGUGCAUCAUCCUAUCUGUGCCUUCUGGGAUCUGAACAAAAACAAAAGUUUCGGGGGAUGGAACACCUCUGGAUGUGUUGCCCACUCUGAUUCAGAUGCUGGCGAGACUAUCUGUCUGUGUAACCACUUCACUCACUUUGGAGUUCUGAUGGAUCUUCCAAGGAGUGCCUCACAAAUAGAUGGAAGGAACACAAAAGUCCUCACGUUCAUUACCUAUAUUGGGUGUGGAAUAUCUGCCAUCUUCUCAGCUGCAACUCUCCUAACAUAUGUUGCUUUCGAGAAGCUGCGCAGGGAUUAUCCCUCCAAAAUCCUGAUGAACUUGAGUUCAGCCCUGCUCUUCCUGAACCUCAUCUUCCUCCUGGAUGGCUGGAUCACUUCCUUUGGUGUAGCUGGGCUCUGCACAGCGGUGGCUGCCCUGUUGCACUUCUUCCUCCUGGCUACCUUCACCUGGAUGGGGCUGGAAGCCAUCCACAUGUACAUUGCUCUCGUGAAAGUGUUUAACACUUACAUCCACCGGUAUAUUCUAAAAUUCUGCAUCAUUGGUUGGGGUCUGCCAGCCUUGGUGGUGUCAAUUAUUCUAGUGAGCAGAAACCAAAAUGAAGUGUAUGGAAAAGAAAGUUAUGGGAAAGAUCAGGAUGAUGAGUUCUGCUGGAUUCAGGAUCCUGUGGUAUUUUAUGUGAGCUGUGCCGGGUACUUCGGAAUCAUGUUCUUCCUGAAUGUUGCCAUGUUCAUUGUGGUCAUGGUACAGAUCUGUGGGAGGAAUGGAAAGAGAAGCAACCGGACCCUGAGAGAAGAAGUUUUAAGAAACCUACGCAGUGUGAUCAGCCUGACCUUCCUGCUGGGCAUGACAUGGGGUUUUGCUUUCUUUGCCUGGGGACCCUUAAAUAUUCCUUUCAUGUACCUGUUCUCCAUCUUCAAUUCACUACAAGGUUUAUUUAUAUUCAUCUUCCACUGUGCAAUGAAGGAGAACGUUCAGAAACAGUGGAGGCGUCAUCUCUGCUGCGGCAGAUUUCGGCUAGCAGACAACUCAGAUUGGAGUAAGACAGCUACCAAUAUCAUCAAGAAAAGCUCCGAUAACCUAGGGAAAUCUUUAUCUUCAAGCUCCAUUGGCUCCAAUUCAACAUAUCUCACAUCCAAAUCAAAAUCCAGCUCCACUACCUAUUUCAAAAGAAAUAGCCACUCGGACAGCACUUCCAUGGACAAGUCCCUAUCAAAACUGACCCAUGCUGGUGGAGAACAGACAUCAAUCAUCCCCGUCCAUCAGGUUAUUGAUAAGGUCAAGGGUUACUGUAACGCUCGUUCUGAUAACUUCUAUAAAAAUAUCAUCCUGUCAGAUGCCUUCAGCCACAGCACAAAGUUUUAAUGUCAUUGAGAGGGGCAACAGAGAGAAAAGAAAACCUGUCUGGAGAAGUGUGAUACUCAACAAGCAGCGAAAGCGCCCGGGGGAUGUCAGUGUGCUGCUCCUUAGGAAACUGCAGAGCUUUGAGGACUGGCUGCAUCUUGUUAAGGGAAGCAUCUGUGAGAUGCAGAACUCAUCUGUUUUGGAAUACUUCUGUGGACAAGCUCAGUCAUCACACUUCAGAACUGAGAAUACUCUGAGCCCUGCAAGGAUACAGCAUUUUCUAGAAUGUAAUUAUAUCAGACUCAUCAGAAUGAGGGGAGAGGCAUUAAAAUUAGAGGCCAUGAGAGGAAGAACCCCAAGAAGAAGUUCGAGUUUAGAUCUAAUAUAUCACACCUCAUAGGUAGGCUCAGAUGUGGCCUGACUCUCAUAAAGACGAUGUAGAAAACACACUAAUUACUGUUUGUAGUGACUUUGGAUGCUCACGGGUUCUGUUCCAAUGCUGUUUUCUAUGAAUAUAGCAGCAUCUUUUCCCUUUUUCAGUGAAAUUUCAACCAUAAGUAGAAAAGAAUGUUUACUAUUUGACCCACAUAUUAAACAUACUUUUUUCUCUGUUUUGGCAACUAUUCAAUGUUCAUGAACAUAACUUGCUAAACAAGUAUUUCAAGAAUUUGAUCUAGUCAAUAUGUUGUGUGAAUUUCUAAUAUCUUAAGACAUGCAGCUUAAGCAUCACAUUAUCCCAUGCACAAAAAUAAAUCCAGUUGAAUGUAAAUAUGGCAUUCAAGUGGGCCUCGUGAAAUUUAAGAACAAGCACCUCUCCUGUCCCCCUUCACUGUGCAAAUAGGGCCACAGGCUCGUUCGAGGGAUGAGAAUUCCCCUUAAGCACUCUGCAUGCAAUGGGUUCUCACUGUUUAAAGAACAUGCUUUUGAGACUAUGUGGUCCUGUCCUUGUUUUAAUCAUUUUAAGACAUUCCAAAUCACAUAAACUUCAGAGGCCUCUGGCUCCCCCUAGUGACAAUUUUGUUCCAAGGAACACACAAUGAAGCAUACAGCUGUCUUGGUUAAUGAAAAUAAUCUAUAAAUAUGUAGGUCUACAACUGCUAGUCUAAAAACUGUUUGCACUGAGCCCUCCAGUCAGAGUGUAUGAGACUCUAAGGAGGGCUGGUGAGACUUAUUACUCUAGUGUAAUACGUAUGGAUCAGACUGUGGCAUGCAAGUCAUGCAUAACACAAAGCAGCUUACCUAUCUCCUAAACUAUCCUAAGCAAUGUGUGCUUGCUUGUUAACGAGGGUUGACCCCAAGUGAUGGAAUCCUAUUCACUGGCCGCAGUAAAUGCUGGCUUUAGCUUUGCUCAAGGUUCUCUGAAAAGUUUCAGAGUUUUCCAAGAUAGCACAGUGACGUCAAAGGGAGAGUUUAGCAGAGCCAGCCUGUUAGAAGGCAGAAGCCUGGACAGAACAUCUGUGCAGAAAGUAGGCCAUUCUCAGCUAUGACAUAGAAGGAUUUACAGGCUUUGAAACAGCCAACAGGUCCUCUUAGCUUUCUGAGUGUCAGUCACAAAGCUAUUUGCCAGGCUGCAAAAGAUGUCAAUAGAACAUGGCAGUGGGUUGUUACUGCCGUUCAUUCUUGUAGCAACCUGGACUGCCAUCUUGGCAGACCUGAACUUUGCUAGGCCUGGUUUUCACAAAGGAGGAGGCCAUGUAAGAGAAUGGGAUAGUGAUUUAGUCUUAAGGUGACUAAGAUUCACCUCAGUAGAGCCAAUCCUUUGGAAAGGGGUGGGAGAUUAUAUUAGCAGGCUGCUCAUUGUACCAGAGGAUACAUAUAGGUAGAAUUUAAUGUCAAUAGACACUGAACAUUGAUAUAGCCACCCCCAAACUUCGGUGUUCAUAGUAGAUUUUAAUUAGCUGUGAGAUUUCUGCACAAAGUGAAUAUUUAGCUAAUGGAAAUGACGAUUUCACUUCAAAAGUGGCUUUGCUCCAGAUUUCUUCUUACCAGCAUUCAGAUCUGAGAAAAUUUGUUUUUCAUUUGUGGCAAUAAUGUCAGCUCCAUUUUUAAAAUCUCCAAUAACCAGGUAAGAAAAGAAAAAAAAAGUGAAGAAACAACAGACUAGUUGAUUUUGCAAGUGGAUUUUAGGACCGGUCCAAAUUUUGCCUUCAGUUCCAUGUCUGUGCCUUUCAUUUGUCCCCUUGGACAAAUGGGGCAGGAUUCCUUGGGAGAGCCAGAGUUCUGGCUCCACACAACUGUAAAACAGCACCAAUCCAGAUUCUGGUCACUUGCUUCCCACCCUCUCUUUUCCCUGUGUUGUGUUUGAGUUUUAGCCUAGGGUCCUGAGAUAACCUCCAUUCUUGUCACUGUUUCUCACUGUGUAGAAUGCCUUUGUAGAAUGUCUCCUCUGUACAUAUUUAUUUAUUUGUGUUCAUGUCAAAUGGUUUCGUACCUUAGCUUUCUUUCACCCAGCUUUAUUAUUUUAAUUAACUGCCCAUUAGAGAGUCUGUAUUUUUUUCUAGGAAAAAAAAACUGUGAAACAGUUUUCUGUAGCGAUAUCAUUGAAUAUGACAGACAGAGCAACUGUGAGGGCGAACUAGAAUCAGUAGUGAGAAACUGCUAAAGCUAAUUUGCCAUUUUACUGAAAUGGAAAAUGAUUUUUUUCAAAUAAAUACUUAUAUUGUUCAUGUUCCAAA